UUUUCUCAAAGUUAGGUUGAUUGGACUUUGGCUACUGAUGGGUUAAGUGCUAGCAAGGGACCUUAGCCCUGACCAAACAUUUUGGUUGGUUCACAGAGAACUGGGAUUUCAGCAGUAUAAAGACCAAGAAAAAUCAGUGUAUAGGACAGAGCUCCCUCAGUGACAGAAGCAACAAUUGUGAAAAGUGCUUUGGCAGUUAUGGACUCAUCUGAUAUUCAAAGGAAAAAAGUAGCUGUCAUCGGUGGUGGCUUGGUUGGAUCAUUAAAUGCAUGCUUCCUUGCAAAGAGGAAUUUCCAAGUUGAUGUAUAUGAAGCUAGGGAAGAUAUCCGAGUGGCUAACUUUGCACGUGGAAGAAGCAUUAACUUGGCCCUUUCUUAUAGAGGACGACAGGCAUUGAAAGCCAUUGGCCUGGAAGAACAGGUUAUAUCCCAAGGUGUUCCCAUGCGAGCAAGAAUGAUUCACUUUCUUUCAGGAAGAAAAUCAGCAAUUCCCUAUGGGACAAAGUCUCAGUAUAUUCUUUCCAUAAGCAGAGAAAACUUAAACAAGGAUCUACUGACUGCUGUUGAGAAACACCCCAAUGUGAAAGUGCAUUUUGGCCACAAGCUGGUAAAGUGCAAUCUCGAGGAAGGGAUGGUCACAGUGCUUGGAUCUGACAAAGUCCCCAAAGACAUCACUUAUGACCUCAUUGUAGGAUGUGAUGGAGCGUACUCAACGGUUAGAAAUUACCUCAUGAAGAAACCCUGCUUUGAUUACAGUCAGCAAUACAUUCCUCAUGGGUACAUGGAGUUGACUAUUCCACCAAAGAAUGGGGAUUAUGCCAUGGAACCGAAUUAUCUGCAUAUUUGGCCUAGAAAUACCUUCAUGAUGAUUGCACUUCCUAACAUGAACAAAUCUUUCACGUGCACUUUAUUCAUGCCUUUUGAAGAGUUUGAAAAACUUCUAACCAGGACGGAUGUGCUGGAUUUCUUCCAGAAGUACUUUCCGGACUCCAUCCCUCUAAUUGGAGAGCAAGCCCUGGUGGAAGAUUUCUUUUUGUUGCCUGCCCAGCCCAUGAUAUCUGUAAAGUGCUCUUCCUUUCACUUUAAAUCACAUUGUGUGCUGAUGGGAGAUGCGGCUCAUGCCAUAGUCCCAUUUUUUGGGCAAGGAAUGAAUGCGGGAUUUGAAGACUGCUUGGUAUUUGAUGAGCUAAUGGAUAAAUUCAAUAAUGAUAUUAGUAUGUGCCUUCCUGAAUUCUCAAGGUUUAGAAUUCCAGAUGACCAUGCAAUUUCAGACCUAUCUAUGUACAAUUACAUAGAGAUGCGAGCACAUGUCAAUUCCAGGUGGUUCAUUUUUCAAAAGAACAUAGAGAGGUUUCUCCAUGCAAUUAUGCCAUCUACCUUUAUCCCGCUCUAUACCAUGGUCACUUUCUCCAGGAUAAGAUACCAUGAGGCAGUACGGCGUUGGCAUUGGCAAAAAAAGGUGAUAAACAAAGGACUCUUUAUCUUUGGGUCGCUGAUAGCCAUUGGUAGUACCUACCUACUCCUGAACUACAUGUCACUGAGCCCUCUGGACUACCUGAGAAGACCUGAAACAGGAAUCACUUACUUCCAGAAUAUGGAGCAGGUUUACCUGCAAACUCUAUGGAGUCACUAGAACAAAUCCCUAUUUCAUUAACCAGUAAUGUAAAGGUCCAAAGGUAGCAAAUGUUGGAUUUCUUUGUGAUCAAAAUUAAGUAACAAAAAAUAUAUCUCCGUUGUGUUGUCAUAUUUAAUUCACUAUUGAAAGAUAGUUGUUAGCAUAUAAUUAAACUUAAUGUUGAAUCUC